UGAAUCUGAAUUUCUUACAGAAACUGACCAAGUCGAAUCCAAAUUGAUAGAUAAGGAACCCUUUAAUGAGGAAACUUCUACAAGCGAUGAAAUCGCAUCCUCAUCUCAAAAUAACACAAAAAAAUUACGAAAAAAAGCCUUAUAUGCAACUAACCGAGCACCCGUGAGAGAUUUCCUUUGGGAAACCGAUGAUGGAGGUAACAUAUGCCAAUUAUGUAAACAACCAUUUGGCAGUCAGACCGCAAUAUCAACCAUUAAUCGGCAUUUCGAAACUUUUCACCCUUCAGAAUUUUCUUUAAUCCGCCAACCCGAUGCAAUGAUUGAAUUAUUAAAAGAAAUGAAUAUCGGUCAAAAACUUUUGGGAAUUACAACCGACAACGCUGCCAACAUGAUCGCGAUGGGACGUGUUCUAAAAAUAAAAAUGGAUUAUGAGUUUAAUAAUAAUAAUGUACAGCAUUUUCGCUGUGGUGCACAUGUUCUUAAUAUAAUUGUUGAAGAAGGAAUCAAAUUAGUUAAAAUUAAUACACAACAUGCUGUCGCCAAUUCAAUGAGAGUAAAAGCUACAUCAUAUUGGGCCCAUCUAAAUGAGUCCUCAACAAUUUCGGGCCUUCUUGAUCCGUGUAAUAAACUUUCAACCUAUGAAAUUAAUGAACGCGAACAAGCCAUUAAUAAACUCCAUGAAAUAUAUAAAAAUUAUAAGCCAGCUGAAGAAAAUAAACCAUCACCACCAUUACCACUUUCUACUACUACUAUUAAAUCAACGCGUGAACUCUUCC